CAUAAGCACACAGCUCCUCCCUGCCUCCACGCUGCUCGCUGUCACAUCUAUUUCUGAAUGCUUCUAUUUGAUGUGACAUUGGUGUGGAGAAGAUGAUCAUGCUUUUGCUUCUGAUACUGAAAUCAGGAGCUGUGAGUGCUGGUUGGUCAGUGACUUUUGAAAACCCAAACCCUUGCGCUAUAAAAGGAUCAUCGGUGGAGUUCAGGUGCUCAUACAACUACAGCGAUGGGGGAACUGUUAGGAAGACUGCAUGGUCGAAAGGGGAGUUAAAAGAUGGCCGCUGGAAACGCGUUGCACUCUCAGACCUUCUCUCAUAUCAGAAUCGUUCUGAAUAUCUUGGUGACCUGCAGCACGACUGUAGCCUGGCAAUUCAUGACCUGCAAGAUAAUGACACUGGAUAUUACUACUUCAGGUUUGACACGGAUAUGUAUGGAUGGCGUAGUAGAAGUUCUGUAUAUCUGACUGUAACAGAGGUGAGUGCCAUGGUGUACCCUGACAGUGUGAGAGCAGGAGACAACGUGACCCUUGAAUGCAAAACAUUCUGCCAAAAUCCCAGCAUAGUUUGGUUCAAAGAUGGCCAUCAAGCAGCCAAACCAGAGUUCCAGGCUCAGAGAGAGGAUGCAGGGAAUUACGUAUGUGCUGUUGAAGGACAGGAGUGGGCGCUAUCGGAGCCUGUAGGUCUGGAUGUUCAGUAUCCUCCUUUGAACGUGUCGGUUGAGGUGAGUUAUCCUGGCCACCUGACAGCGAACAGCAGAGUGAAUCUGACCUGCAGCUCUGCUGCUAACCCUGCAGCAGACAACUACACCUGGUACAGGAUUACUGUUUCCAGUUUCAGGGUCCAGGUGGGAUCAGGACAAGUGCUGUCUAUUCCCUCUUUGGAGAUGUCCCCUACUGGACUUUACUUCUGCCAGGCCAGGAACCGACUGGGGGAGGGCAACUCAACUGAGGUGCAGCUGAUAGUGGACAAAACAGACAUAAACCAUUUUAUCAUCUGUGUUGGUAUUGGAGUCAAGGUUGUUAUUGUGCUGUUGCUUAUACUGGUUAUUAUCUGGGCUUGGAGGCAGAGACGUAGAUCUGCUGUGGACAAGGAGGAGAAGAGCCAUGAUUAUGAAAACAUCAGCUCAAUCUAAAUGAGUAAAAAAAACAGGGUUACACAGAAGGAAAUGUCUGUUUACAAAAACUAGUGAAGCAUGAAGACAUUUUCUUACGCUCAAUGAGGCACUUGGCACAAGGAUCUGUGUGGUUUGUGUUCUGCCUGCAUCUGAACUGAGCUCAAUCACAGAAUUGCUGGACUUGUUAGAAUCGGAAAUCCUUCUCAUGUCUCUCUGUAACACUGGAGACAGAAAGGUUGUAACAUUAUCAAGAAACAUGUUCCAUCAAUGAAACACCUACAACCUUAAAAAUCCUAUGAACGCAGCCUCUCUUGGCCUACUUGCAGCAGUGAUAAUAGUAGUAACAUUGUAUCAAUGUUAAACUAGGACAUGCUGCCCCCUUGAGUUUAAAAUACUCAUGUACAUUCUGUUCUGGUGUGCUUUUAAGUACUUAUUAGUAUUAUUGAGAUUAUCCUCAAUCCUUGGCUUUUGAAGGGUGGGGUUGUGGUCGGUUAAGGUUUAAUAAUAUUCAGUGUUUUUGAUUGCAACAGAAGCGACAUACAAAGGCAUAACAUUUAUUGGUCAAUGCAGAAGGUUCUUUGUUUCUCAAUGUAAACUGAUCUGCCUGACUCAGAUAGACAGGCAGAUGGCAGAACUUUGGUCAGUAUGGUAGUAAUCAGUGAUCUGUUCAAUAAUCUUUUUAUUGACCUUCAGAUGAAAACUACUGGCACUCUGAUUAUUUUUGUGCUUUUAAACAAUGUGGUAGUAGCAUGUUUUGCUGUGCAGUAAACUCACUGUCUUGUUAAAUGUCGGAGAAUGGAAAUUAAAAAGCUGUUUGAUAUAUCUAAGAUGUCGAACAUUUUGUAAAACAUGAUG